AUGGAUGCUCUGUCGCUGAACUAUUGGUUGUCAAAAUUCGUGAUGGUGGUAGCUAAAAAGUCCGGUGGAAGAUACCCUCCCAAGACUGUUUAUGGUAUCAUUUGUGCGCUCAAGCGGUAUUUGGAGGAGAAAAAUGGAUCCGAAGCUUUGAAUCCUUUGGACGCUAGUGACAAAAGGUAACUGACAACUUUUAGACCGCAUUGUUCAGAAUUUUAAAAUGCACUGUUUUGCGAAUUGAAUUUGGUGUGUUGCUUUUCGAAGGUUUGUCCUGUUCCGACGUUGGUUAAAUGCCGAGAUGAAGGAUGGGGUUCGAGAAGGGCUUCAGUAG